AGUAUUGCGUCAUACGGUUUUUGCCAAACCGUACUCCAUUUGCAAAAGGUUUUUUAUUGUUGGCGCACAUUACGCAAGAUCAACAGCUAGAGCUACAGCACAAGCGUGUGAAUCGAGGAAUGUAACAUAUAUUUUGACAUAAAUACACUCGCCAAGUACACAAGAUACAUUUGGUAUUAUCUGAAGAAGCGAUUCAAAGAGGACUGACUCCGAAGGGAGCAUUUAUCAUUCACGAAAAAAACACGAGAAACGUGCUAAGUGGAGACUGAAAUUAACAUAUCAUAAUGACAAUGGCAGAAAACGAAGGAACACGAGAUGAAAAAGAGCCCAUGAAUUGCAACUCGAAUACGGAUUCCUCAGGAGGAACAGAUCCAUUGCAAAUGAAAAAAGAAAUGGGACUCCUCCAAGGAGUCGCUAUAAUAGUUGGGACGAUCGUUGGAAGCGGCAUUUUUGUCUCCCCAAAAGGUGUACUGCAGUACGCGGGUUCGGUGGGAGCGUCCCUCGUGUUAUGGGCGGCGUGCGGUUUGAUUUCUUUGGUGGGAGCCAUGUGUUACGCUGAACUGGGAACGUUUAUUGUAAUCUCAGGCGCGGACUACGCAUAUAUCCGCCAUUCUUAUGGGGAUUUUGUAGGGUUUCUCUUCUUGUGGGUAAUGCUAAUUACCGUAUUUCCGACCACUAACACCAUCAUAGCACUGACGUUCGCUAACUACGUGAUCCAGCCUUUCUAUCCACACUGUCCGAACCCAGAACUCCCCAAACGACUCUUGGCUGCUGCAUGUUUGAGUUUGUUGACGUUUGUGAACUGUGCCAGUGUAAAAUGGGCUAACAAAGUCCAGGUGUUUUUCACCGCAGCCAAGCUGUUAGCCUUAGCUAUUAUCAUCAUCACAGGCAUUGUCAGGUUUGCCAUGGGACAUACAGAAAGUUUUGAGAAUGCCUUUGAAGGCUCCUCAGACCUAGCUGGAGACUACGGCUUAGCCUUCUUCUCUGGCUUCUUCUCAUAUACUGGAUGGAAUUAUUUGAACUUUGUAACUGAAGAAAUAAAGAACCCCAAUAAAAAUCUCCCCCGCUCCAUCUGGAUAUCUAUCCCUGUUGUCACUGGUUUCUAUAUCCUGGUUAACAUUGCCUAUUUUACCGUCUUAUCGCCAGCAGAGAUGUUAGCUUCUGAUGCCGUGGCUGUGACAUUUGCAGAGAAGAUGUUUGGUAUAAUGGCCUGGAUCAUGCCUGUCUUUGUGGCUUGUUCUUGUUUUGGUGGUUUGAAUGGAUGCAUUAUUGCUUCCUCCAGAUUAUUUUUCAUUGGUGGUAGGAAUGGCCACCUUCCUGACUUUUUGUCUCUUAUUAAUACUAAACAUUUUACCCCAGUGCCAGCACUGUUGUUCUCAUGUAUUCUGUCCCUGUUGAUGCUGGUUACCACUGAUGUGUACACAUUGAUCAGCUACAUGACCUUCAUAGAGGUUUUAAUUGUCUUCAUGUCUGUCACAGGACUGUUAUAUCUUAGAUACAGAGAACCAAAUGCAGUACGCCCAAUUAAGGUGUCACUGUGGAUCCCCAUCUCCUUUGUGCUGAUGUGUUUUGUCCUGCUGGUUCUACCUCUGAUCUUUGAGGCCAAGGAAUGUCUGAUAGGGAUUCUGAUCAUGUCCACUGGAAUCCCUGUCUACUGGCUUGGAGUGCUCUGGAAGAGAAAACCCAAAUCUUUCCUGAACUUAACAGCCUCUUUUACCAUUUUGGUACAAAAAAUGUUUAUGGCAGUACAAGAAGACGAAACUCCAGCGGAGGUGAAGUUUGAAUAAUUAUUUAUCCUGUUCGACCAAUUCAUCUGCAUAACACCGGAGAGGAAUAAUGGAACAUUUUCUAUCUAGCCCAGAUAGAGCAGCGUCAACCUGGAGGAAUAACUUUCAGUUUGGAUAUAAAUUUGAUAAAAACUCAUUUAUGUGAAAAAAAAAUUAACUGAAAAAAAGUUAGCAUUUAAAUGUUAAAUUGAUUAUUGCAUCCUAGGUUGCUUCAUCCUGCCUCUCUUGCCUUAGAUAAAGUGAAUGGGGAUAUCACUUAAAGGACAGGAAUGGGUGUUUUAAUAUGAUAUAUGAUUUUAAAAUGAUUUCUUUCACACAGGAGCAACGGAUAUUAUUACCCAAUGGAAAAUUUUUACUGCCAGUAAUUGAACACAGACCUCAAAUUUUAGAUUUUUUUACCAUAUGCAUAUUGUUUCUUUUUGUCUUAACUAGUUUGAUGAGUUGGUAAACUUUAUAGUUAAACGAAAGGAAAAAGCUAUUGCUUUUAUGCUUAAAAAAUCUGAGAAUUUGACAUCCGUCUUCUUAACAGUGAUGAUGGUAGCCAAUUGUGUCAAGCACAUAAAUAUUAUAUGAAAGCAAUGUGUCUGGUGUUGAGUCAACUUAAAAUAACUGACUCAAGAUUUACACAGGGUGAGCUUUGUUAAAUAGGGUUCUAACCAGUUUUAUUUAGUUCUAGAUCCAAACUUUUUGGUGGAAUUUUAGUCAUUUUUAUCCUCAAAGAGUUCCUGUGCAGGAUUGGAUUGAGCCCCGCCUGACAUAGUUUUCCAAAGUUUUUCUAAUGCCCAUUUACAUGAGUACUUUAUACGAAAAAAAAAAGGCAUUUUUACACUAACAUAAGGAUUAAUAUAAAAUCAGAUUGUAAAUUAUCUAUAUUUCUCAUUUAUCUAAUUAGUCAAAUUUUAAGGUGUUAUUUAUGGCAGCUGAGCUUUAUUUUCCAAAUAAUUGUUUACCUAAAUUUAUGGCAUUUUUAAAGUAUACAACAUUAUAAAACAUGUAUCAAGAAAAAUUAAACCAGAAAAAAAAA